AUGGAGGAAUCUGGUGCGUUAUUUUGUGCAUUCGGCGCACGUAGAGCUACCAGGAUAUGGUGCUGCUGGAAGGGUUUCUUUCUUCUCAGUGUCUUCUUUCACAUGUACCUGAGCUCCUUGCUGGACUGUCCGCCCACCUGUACCUGCUCGCCCACAGAAAUCUACUGCAAUAAAUCUGACACAAGUAAAUUCUUCCCGCUGUUGAUAUUCCAAGAUACCGGCCGCGACGGGAACAGUACCGGGGGCAUCGAGGAUCUUUUCCAGAACAUUACCUCAAUAUACAUUGAGUCAUGGACGGGUCUGGAAACCUUGAGGGAUGUGGAUAUGGAGCUCUACACCGGCUUAGAGAGGCUCACUAUAACAAGGAGCAACCUGCAUACAAUCCAUACUCGUGUUUUCUCCAAGAACCCCCACUUGCGUUACAUAAACCUGUCCAAGAAUCCCAUGUUGUCCACAUUAUCCUGGCAGAUCUUUGAACCUGUGCAGCUCCUUGAAAUUCAUUUAGAGGAGGUGCUGUUCACCUGCGGCUGUGAGAUCCGCUGGCUGCAACUAUGGCAACAGAGAGGAGAGGCAGGUCUAAGCAGCCAACAUUUAUAUUGUGCUGAUGGCGACAGGGAGAUAAUGUUGCGUGACAUGAACAUAAGCAGUUGUGAUUUGCCAGAUAUCAGUGUCAGCCACAGCAACCUCACAGUUAUCGAGGGUGGUCGUGUAACUGCUAUCUGCAAUGGCUCAGGAUCCCCAUUACCUGAGGUUGACUGGCCUGUGAAUGGCUUACACUCCAUAAAUGCACAAGAGGCUAAAGUCAUCGACAACAACACCAUUCAUUCCAUCAGCAUAACUUUGGUCAAUGUAAGCAGAGACGACAACAACUUCCUGCUAACUUGCACUGCCAGCAACAUAGUGGGAAUGACCAAUGCUUCUGUCCAACUAACAGUUCACUUUCCUCCCACCAUUGUGCAGCUGAAGGAGCCAGAACGGCGCCAUGAUACUUGCAUAGAGUUCACGGUUCGGGGUUCACCCCACCCAACCUUACGAUGGUUCUACAAAGAAAAGGAAAUUUCCCAUACUGAGUAUGUGCGCCCUGAUAUGGACAUUUACAAGGACGAUAUAGAGGGCUGCCUAAACUUUAAAAAUCCAACACACCACAACAAUGGAAACUACACUUUGGAAGCCACUAAUUACCUGGGGGAAGCCACCUUUACUGUGUAUGGGCAUUUCCUUGACAAGCCCUUUGACGGUCCAGAAACAGAUUAUGAGUAUGUGACCCCGACUGCAGAGACACAUAAGCCUGAGAAGGAUACGUUUGGGGUCUCAAUAGCAGUAGGCCUGGCAGUGUUUGUCUGUGUGAUGCUGGUGGUUCUCCUUCUCCUUAUCAACAAGUGUGGACGACGCUCCAAGUUUGGAUUGAAAGGACCAGUAGCAGUGAUAAAUGGUGAGGAAGAUUCUGCCAGCCCUCUUCAUCAUGUGAAUCACGGGAUUAUCAGCCCUUGUACGCUGGAUGCAGGGCAAGAUUCUGUGGUGAUUGGAAUGAACAGAAUCCCUGUCAUAGAGAACCCACAGUAUUUCAGACAUGGACACAACUGUAACAAACCCACCACCUACGUUCAGCAUAUUAAACGACGGGACAUUAUCUUGAAAAGGGAGCUGGGAGAGGGAGCCUUCGGCAAGGUCUUCCUGGCUGAUUGUUACAACUUGAGUCUUACCAAGGAUAAGAUGCUGGUAGCUAUAAAGACUCUGAAGGAUCCCACUCUUGCAGCUAGGAAAGAUUUUCAGCGUGAGGCUGAGUUGCUGACGAACCUCCAGCAUGACCACAUUGUAAAGUUCUAUGGAGUAUGUGUGGAUGGAGACCCACUCAUCAUGGUCUUUGAGUAUAUGAAGCAUGGAGAUCUCAAUAAGUUUCUCAGAGCCCAUGGGCCAGACGCCAUUAUCCUGGUGGAUGGACAACCUCUACAGACCAACGGAGAGCUGGGUCUUUCCCAAAUGCUUCACAUAGCGAGUCAGAUUGCAGCUGGAAUUAUCUACUUGGCAUCUCAACACUUUGUGCACCGUGAUCUGGCAACCAGAAACUGCCUGGUUGGGAAUGGCAUGCUGGUGAAGAUAGGAGAUUUUGGCAUGUCCAGAGACAUUUACAGUACAGAUUAUUACAGGGUGGGAGGUCACACCAUGCUGCCUAUUCGCUGGAUGCCCCCCGAGAGCAUCAUGUACAGGAAGUUCACCACGGAGAGUGAUGUAUGGAGCUUUGGAGUCAUUCUGUGGGAGAUCUUCACUUACGGCAAACAGCCUUGGUUCCAGCUCGCCAAUAAUGAAGUAAUAGAGUGUAUUACUCAGGGGAGGGCACUUGAGUGCCCCUGGCUGUGUCCCAAGGAAAUCUACGAUAUUAUGCUGGGCUGCUGGCAGAGGGAGCCACAACAGCGCUUCAACAUUAAGGACAUUCAGAAGAUGCUCAUAACUUUAAUGAAGGCCACACCAGUCUAUCUGGAUAUACUAGGAUAGGAAAGGAUAAAAGGAGUUUUUCUGCUUGGAUUCAAUCCAAAUUACGUUAUUAGAAACUAGUACACUGGAUCAGAGGUAAAUUGAUUGAUUUGGAGCCACAAUUUGCCAUGUAUCCAAUUACCUAACCUAUGAAGAUUGGAAUUGCUUAAAGUGGAGUGAUGUCUAGUUAGCUGGGUUGGAAUUAACAGGAUUGCACAGCACUGCCUUACAAUAUAUAGUAAAUCAAGAGCAAAUGGCUUUGGCCUACCUUCCAUGACUGGGUCGGGACUUGUUUGGUCAGGUCUUGCCUCUUUUCAAAAAAAUUACAAGAAUUACAAGGAUUUGACUAUGUAGUAUGGAUUGCAUCAAACAUGCAAUCAUUGGGUAGCACCAAACGUAUCACCAUUAAGGAUGACAUUAAAAAAUAUGCAUUUUAACUUGGUUCCACAUUGGAUCAAUAUAAGAUCCUACACAAGAGCAACAAAACCUUUAUGACAACAGAAAGUGUUCAUUAAAAACACCCUGUAAGUUAAAGAAUGUUUCUACUGUAAGUCUAUACGUCUUGAGAUAUGUUAACUGAUUUCAUUUUCUUUUAUCUGGCCACAGAAAGUAUUUUUAAUAUGAUAAUACGUGUUAAACAAUCUGGCCAGUAAAGGAAAGAUUUUAAGUUAACUGGCUGUUGUUUUGGCAGUGAUAGUAUUAGAAACACUAGGUCAGAUUGAAAUCUGUUUAUUCUUUAGGUUUCCAGUGUUUAAAUCCUAGCUCUCUCAUCUUGAGGCAUGAAACUCGCAGUGAGCGGAAAAAUGGACUAUAAUAAUGUUUACAAAUGUGUAAUCUUUCUAAAAGUAAACACAGGCUGAAUGAAAUGAGGUUUAUCAGCUAUGUCUAAAAGCUGUGAGGAAUCAAAGUGUAAGCCACUGUCAAACUAUCGUUUUAUUGCUGUCUUUGUGCUAUAACAUUGAACUCCAAACAUUUUAAAUAAAAGUUGUAUUGGUUAGAAAAAUAUCAAGAGUGAUAUUUUGCAGUAUGGGCAGAUUGUAUGGAUAAACAUAUUCGCUAAAAACUUGUCCCAAAUCUGUAAAUACUUGUGUCUGACAUUGAGCUUUAAGUGAAUAAUAUGUUCAUGUAUAAAUAAAAAUCACAAUGUCAGGAUUAAAUAGGACCAACAUUUUUUUUACAGCAAAGGUGUAACCUUGCCCAGAGGACAAACCAGUCUCUUUCUUUUCAAAGCCCUUUGAAGACCUACUGAAUGAUAAAAUUACUACUGUAACUAUAAGUGUCUGAUUUCUGAUAAAACUCCAACCUCAACAAAUGGUCAUAUUCUGGUAUGACAAUUUUAGCUGGAACAGGAAACUCAUAUAAGCUACGGUAGUAGUGCAACAGCUCACUUCAUUUCUUUCACACUACAGACAAAAAUUGUUUCUCUUACUGUGAUUUUUUUUAUGACCCCAAGCUAGUUUCACCUGCAUGGUUCUCAGGUGGCUUUAUUAGAAUCUCUGUUUGCAGGUUCAUAUGAUUAGUCAUUUAUGUGCGGCUCCUUUAAUGGAGAUAGUGUAGAAAAAGUGUUCGCACUAUGUUUGUUGACGCAACCUGAAAAGCCCUACUUCAUGGGUAGCCAGUAUGUAUACAUACUGCAUGUCAGAAUGAUCAAACAUUUCCGAAUAGUGUUCAAGGUGAACACGAUUUAAAAACUCUGUUACAUUAUUCACUAUAAUUUAUCUGGAGGAAUGUUUGGAAACCCCAUUUGUUAGCCUCAGAAAGUAGUACAAAUCCAGAUGUUAACUGAGGGCUAGCUAUCGAUGGGUAUGGUAAAAAUAAAAAAAUUUCGAUCAAUGUUUGAGGACAAUCUAAUGAGUUCAGAACACUGCAUUUUCCAGUGCAAUCUCCUGCAGUAUGUUUUCCAAAUAAAGUAUAUAAGCUGAAUAUGUUAAAAUCAUUGUAACACAAUAAUACGUCUGUGUCAUUCCUAUCCAUUCUCUCUCUGUCUUUGUUAUGUGUUGUAUAUUUGUCUCCAUACUAUUGUUUAUGAAUAUUACAAUAAUUUGACAAU